CUUCCCACACCAUCCAUGUGAUUCUCAUCUCCUCAGGGGAGGGGGAUAGGGUAGGGCAGGUCUGGAGAGCUGAGAUACAUCAUUCUGGCCUCUACACCCCUCCCUUCUGUCCAUUGGGAGGCAGAAGACAGGAAAUGACUGCCAUGAUCCUGGUAGGAUUUUUUUUUUUUUUUUACAAAACAUCGUUUUGUAACUUGGCCCUAUACCAUCCACAGCUGUUUUCCUGUCUGAUACCAGCCAGGUGGCCCUCCCUCCUCCUCUAUUAAUACUCUUCUCCCUACCCCUUCACAUGACUACAGCCUUUGGAUUCUCCCCCUUGGCUGUUUUCCACAUUCCACUCCUCUGUCAAAACCCAGGCAUCCUGGCUUCCAGCUGAAACCGCUGCAUGUGGCUUCUCCUAUCCCUGGCCCCAUGACUCAGGCCCCCUGAGAGAACCAGCCCUCUUGGCACCCAGGGGCUAGGUGGUGACAUCAGAUUUCAGGGGUAUAAAAAAGUUUUCAGCCAAAACAGAACUGAAGAUAAAACCUGACGGUGGCCUGCAAUCCUGGGGACCUCUCUGCCUGAUACCCGCAGAUGUCUGGAUGCAGAUUCUCACCGAGUCAAGAUCUACUCACUGACUCCAUGUUGGGCUCUACCUGCCUUCUAUACCUCCUGGCCAUGACCUUCGCCUUGGUUCCCGAAGCUCAGCAGUUCUUGACCCCCCAAGACUAUGAGGGAGAUGAGACGGUGACCACACUCUCUCUGGCUGUCCCUUGUGACUACGACAGUUGCCGCCACCUGCAGGUGUCCUGCGAAGAGCUGCAGAAAGUUGGACCGGUGGCCUGCCUGUGCCCAGGGCUCUCCAGGGAUGAUCAGCCGCCAGACAUGCCGCGCCUGGGAGAAGUGCAAAUUGUGGCAGAGGAGGGCUGUGCGGUGGUCCACUGGUGUGCCCCCUUCUCUCCGGUCAGCCACUACUGGCUACUGCUUUGGGAAGGCAGUAGGGCUCUGCAGAGGAGCGCCCCACUCAACGCCACCUUCCGCAGAGCAGAGCUGCAGGGACUGAAGCCUGGGGGUGCUUAUGUCCUCUGCGUGGUGGCCUCGAACCAAGCUGGUGAGAGCCGCUUUCUUGGGGCAGGUGUUGAGGGCCCUGAGAGCUGGGGUGGCCCUUCCUUUGGGCCCUGUGGCCGGCUCACUAUGCCACCCAGACCUAUCACCCUAGUGCACGCAGCCAUGGGUGUGGGCACAGUCCUGGCCCUGCUGAGCUGUGCCACCCUGAUCUGGCAUUUCUGCCUGCGUGAGCGCUGGGGCUGCGCCCGCCGUCAAAGAAAUACCCAAGCUGCAGAGGAACUCUGAUGGGAGCCCAGGACAACAACCCUGAGCAGGCCAGCCCCAUCUGGAAGGCCCAGCCCACCCACAGGAGGAGUGUUGGGCCUGCUGCCACCUGGCACCAGCAGCACAGCCAAACCAUAGUGAAGGCCUACGCAACUGACCUCUCGGCUGAGAGCCUGUUCAGGCCCCAGCUGGUCAUUAGCUUCCCUGCUGGGGGCUAAGAGAAACAAUUUCUCCUUGAAGGACCAGUCAGGUCAUAAAUGUCUUAAACUCUAUGGGUAUGGGGUUAAGGGGUAAAUCAGAUCACAUUAUGUAGAGACCUAUAUAGCCACUUAAAAUGUAGCUACUUAAGGUUCUUUUGAGGCAUGUCUUUAAUCCCAGCACUCCGGAGGCAGAGGCAGCUGGGUGGAUCGCUGUAUUGCUUCUCAGAAGGGCUCUGAGCAUCAGCUUCUGCUGGUGGGAGUUGACACUAGAGAUACUCCUUCUACCUUUUCCUUAGCUACUACGGAGGAGCCAGCUCAGAGUCCUCUGUGUCUGAGGUCAGACUGAGGACUGGCAUGAGCUGGAGAAGACAGGGAACACCCAAGCUGCUAUCUGCAUGCCAGUGUUCUUGUUAAAACAACAGCAAUACCAAUGAAUUCCCCCUUACUUUUGUGUUAUUGUUUAUCUACUUUAAUAACAUCAAAGAACAUUUAAAAGUUUUACAUUUUCAGCUUUCAUGCUCCUGCUCAAUUCCAUGUCUACAUACCUUUUUUCUAGCGCUUGUCAUCCCGUCUCAGCCUUUUGGCUGAGAUCAAGUGUAUGUCUAUUUUUCAGAGUAAUACAAAUAUUUGUGUUUUGUUUCUUG